ACCCAAUAACCAGUGUUUUUAAGAGAAAAAAUGGAGUGGAGUUACUCUGUUUUUUUGCUCAAAGUCCUUUUUUUUUCUUUUCUCCUCAGUUUCUGAUUUUUAUUAUAUAUAAAUAAGUCAGGACCAAAAAAAAAAAAAAAACCCAAAUACCAAAAAAUAAAAAGAAAUUUCUAUUUCUUUCUAUUUAAAUGGAGUGAAGUUGCUCUGUUUUCUGCUCAAAGUCCCUUUUUUUUUUUUUCUUCUUCUCAUUUCCUCUGUUUUUCAUUUUCAUUUCUGAUAACUAUUUUGUUUGUUUUCUAGAACAGAGGUAAAUGGAAGAUUGGCAUGGUGUAAGGAGAUCAAUGAGAGAUGGAGAUUUUGAAGAAGAAGAUGUUUGGUCUUAUGGAAAAGAAAGAGAAAAUUCAAAUCCUCCAAUGAGAAAAUACAGAAACUCCUCUGUUUCUUCUUCUUCUUCUUCUUCUUCUUCAUGGAGUUUCAAGAGUACAGCACCAAGAAUGAUCCCAAAUGGUGGAACCCAUGAACAGAGAUUCAUGUUUCAACAAUCUUCGGCUCCAGUUAACAUCCCUGAUUGGUCAAAGAUUUAUGGCAAAAGUUUCCACCACAUGGGUAGAAAUGGUUCAUCAUGUGUUCAUGAUCAUGGUGAUGAUGGUGGGGGAAAGUAA